GGAACAGUGGCAGAUGUUCAGUGAAGCUUGUGCAAUCCGGCAGCAAAGUCAUAGAUUUCAGGACUGGCAUAUGUCCUCUCUCCUCUUUACAACAUGGGUGUUAUCUGUGUCUUCUUCAUUUCCUUCCUCUUCUCUUCCUUCUCUUUGCAGACCGAAAUUUCUCAACACCCAAUGAAUGUCAAGGAGUAUACCGGAAAUUCAGCCACCAUACAGUGCUCAGUGGAUGAGGAGACAGACAUCAGAGAGCUGUCCUUAACCUUGCGUUUAGAUGGGUCACAACUGAUAUCUGUGAAGGUAGACAAAAGCCUAAGCAGUUAUACACAUGAACUGACAUUUUCUGGCCAAAUUCAGAAUUUCUCUAUAACAGCAAACGGCUUUAGCUGGAAAUUACUAGCUUCGGCCUACUGUCACUCUGAAACUUGUCAAGGGGAACUUAGCGCUAUUUAUCAGAAGACAAGUAAUGAUACCAUCUUCUGCAUGGCAAACCAUACAAACGUCAACAAAGCAGUAAUCUGCAACAACAGUCAACCAAUCAUAUUAUUGACAGUAAACAAUAGUUAUACGGAUCGCCUUAGAUUUUCUGGGACAAUUCAGAAUUUCAGCAUGACCCUAGAGGACCUUAAGAAAAGUGAUACAGAUGGAUACUACUGUAAAGGCAAAAAGGAGGAUUCCAAUAUACAACUUUUUGGAGGGCAAACUAUAAUCAAUGUCAUCCAGCGUGAUAAUUCCCAUAUUGUUUCCGUUACGUGGCUUCUCAUUCUUUCUUCCCUGCUACUGAUUUGGUGGUGCUGACAAGCAAAUCCUGUACCCAGAAUAUAAAGACCCCACUCUGCACUUAAUGGACUGAAUUAAACAUUAAUUAAGAAGAAAUAUGCCCAGCACUGCUGCAAUGUGUUCUAAAGGCCAACUAAACCCCCAGGUGCAUUACUGCUUAGUUUUUGGGUUCUGGGGAAAACACUGAGACAGCACACAUUCUAAUGCUUAAGGCAAUGGCAGACAAAGCACAUAGGCAACCUUUCUCCUGCCCCCAAGCCAUUCCUUAAAGGGGAACUAUUGCGAAAAUAAAAAUGUAAUAUAAGCUUCACCAUAAUGAAAUAUGAAACUUUCUAAAUAUACCUGUUGAGUAAAAAUGUUAUCCCCAACCAAAGCUGCGGGCUAAUAGAGGCCGCAUUUCGGUUAGGGAUAACAGUAGUUUUUUUAAAAAAUGCCCCCCACUAGCGCUACGUUACCCGUACAGGGAGGGAUCUCCCGUAUGCGCACUCGCAUGACGUGCAUGUGUCGUCACGCGCAUGCGCAUAAUGAGCUAUUCAUGACUAUUUAUCAUUAUGCGCAUGUGAGUGACCGGACAUGGCUGCUCACAGCGGGAUCUCUCUCCCUGUGCGGGUAGCAUAGUGCUGGCGAGGGCGUUUUUUUAAAAAAAAACUACUGUUAUCCCCAACCGGAAUGCGGGCUCUAUUAUCCCGCACCUUUGGUUGGGGAUAACAUUUUUACACAACAGAUGCCCUUUAUGAAAUAUGUACCCUUUCUAAAAUAAUCACGGUUAUCUUCACUAUCCCUCCCUCAGUAUCAGUUUCUUUUCAUUCAGGAGUUGGGU